AUGACCGAUACCUUCUGGUCUCCUGCAAAUGAACCGACAGGGAAAGAACUGGAAAGGACUCUCUUCUUGACAUUUCUCUCUAAUCCAUUUUGCACACAAUACGCUGCCGCAAAUCAGGAAGCAGCACAUCUACGACAAAAACGACGGCGAGAAGAGCAGCAAAUGCGCUCACUGGAGUCUAACCAAAAAAAAACCGAAGAUUGGGAAAAGGAGAAAGAUGACAGUAGUCCUCUGUUUCAUAUCAUUGCAUCUCUUGUGCGUGCAUCGGGGGUGCCUUACCAAGUCUCCAGAAACGAGCCUCCCCCAGUUAGUGUUUCUUCUGCUUCUUCAACACCGAGGAAUGAACUCAGUAAGAUGCAAGAAAAAACACUUAACUCAGAACUUAACUUAACCUGUGCUGAAUCAAAUAAUUCACUUCAACCUCGAAGUAUUCUUGGAAGUCUUAUAGAAAAGGCUCGAGUAAAGGACCGAGAGGAGAAAACAGUUUCCCUUGAGUAUAGAAAUAAUGCAGCAGUUACUUCACUUCAUUCUCACAAUGUCAGGAAAGAGAAUGUUUCUGAUCAUAAUAAAAAUGAUGCACCUCUUCCAUCUGAUGAGAAUGAAGAGGAUUUUGACGUUUCUAUCCAAAACACCACAUGCGUGAAUAGUGAAGAUAACGGUAUCUCGCAAUUGUUAAACGAAAACAAUAUGAAACAUCCUUCUCAGAUGUCACGAGAAGAAUUUCUUCGGCAGUUCAAAAGAGCUCCGCGUCGAGGAGAAAUUGGAUACGAUGCAGAGAGUGUUGCUGCAGCGGAAGCUGUUGGAUAUGUCAUGAGUGGAUCUCGUAAUAAAGAAAAACAGCACUAUGUAGAUCAUAUUCAGCGAAAAUUACAUGAAAAGGAAGCCCGAAAGCUGCGAUUACAGUUUAGACAGGUCGAGGAUGAACGAAGUGAUGAGGCAACUGUUGAGUCACUCCUCACGCUAGUAAAGCAAAAAAAAGGAUUGUAA